AUGAGCCCCUCGGGCGACAAGGACAAGCGGCGCGGCGGCAGCAGCAGCACCUCCUCCUCCUCGCACCACGUCCUGCGGACAACGGGGUCCACGAGCGCGGCGACCUCGUCUACCACCGCCGGCGCAGGAGCAGCAUCUUCGUCGUCAGCAGCCCGACCCUCCAACACGGGCAACAACAGCAGCAGCAACACCGCAAGCGCAAACAACAUCAUCAUCGCGCCCCCUCCCCGCGUGGCCUUCAGCGGCUCCAACCCCACAGCCAAUUCCACCCCACCGCCCGACGAUCCCUCGAGCACCGGCACCUCCGCCAGCGCCUCCAGCGGCCCCGGCCCCGCCGCCGCCGGCUCCCGCACGCACUCGAGCAGCCCCAAGGCCCGCGAGGGCGCCCACCUUCACCGCGCCCACAGCCACAGCCACCAGCAGCAGCAGCAGCAGCAGCAGCAGCAGCAGCACCACGCGGCCGCGGCCGCCGCGGCCUCGGCCUCGAUCCAGCUCGUCAAGGAGAAGGACCUGCGGAUCGCCUCGCUCGAGCGCGAGCUCUCGGUCAUGGAGGCCGAGUUCUCGCGCGAGCUCGACCGCCUCUCGCACAACGAGUCCGAGACGGCGAGCUUCUGGCAGGCCAAGCACAGCGCCCUGAACCAGCAGUUCCUGCGCGCCGACACGGAGCUGCGCCUGCUGCGCGCCGAGGUCGAGCUGCGCGAGGCCGAGCGCGACGAGCUCCGCUCCGGCUUCGAGGCCGCGCGGCGCGAGGCCCGCGAGCACGAGGGCCAGGCCCGCGAGCUGCGCGCCCAGGUCCGCGGGCUCAAGGAGUGGGUCAGCGUGAGCACGCGGUCCGGCGGCCAGCAGACGAGCGACGAGGUCUUUGGCGAGGGCAUGGCGCGGCUGGGCAACGGCCUGCAGAACUGGGUCAUUGUCAACUUCCGCAGGGCCAAGCUUGGUGCAUCUGCUGCAGUCUAUCAUAUCAAGGAUAUUGGUCGAGCGUGUGCUCGAUGCAUAUUUUAUAGGUCUGUCCAAGGAGCAGACGGCACAGUUCAUGGAAACAGAAUCGCUCCUAUCAUCAUUGGGGAGCACGAAUGGAAAGCUGACCACCCCGUUCCCGUAGCGAACUCGCCUGCAUCCGUAAGGCAGUGGAGGUCCAUGACAUUGACCAUGCUGCAGAAGGACUCGGCGCAAAAAAUGCAGGCCGAGACACUGUCGACUAUAGAAGACGUAAUAUUAAAGGUCAACACUAUACUAGACGCGAUAACGGACGCCAAGGCCACGGAGGCUCGAGACCAGGCGCUGAGGGGAUUGGUCCAGAGCGCGGUCGAGCUCUCCAGGCUGCUCGUCGUGCAGAAAGCUGUGUUCAAGGUCUUCAUGCCCGAGAUACUGCCGCAUCAGCAGACCACCUUUGACUCGCUCACCAUGGAAGAAAUUGGUGGACAGGACGAGGAGGGCCUGGAGCAGCGCGAAGUCAGUUGUGUCACCUUUCCCGGCAUCAUCAAAUGGGGGGAUGAGACGGGAAAAUUCAGUGAACGGGACGGAAACCCUCCACACCACCCCAUCGCUUUGUCCGCAUGGCAGACGGUGCGGUCCGCGAUCACAACGGUGUAUCGUAUGGCGUCCAAUGCUGAACCAUCGGCCGGGUUUGUAGCCAAUGCUGUGGCCUAUGCACUGAAGACAAGCUCACCAGGCUCGCACGACUUGAGCGUCCUUGGCAAGGUCAGGGAGAGCAUGGUGCCCGCGCCAUGGGCGGCGGCCACUGUUCUUGCUCUGGCAUUGAUCUUGCAGACAGGCUCACCCCCCCGGCCAAUCAGUCAUGGCCCCUUGGGCGUCUAA